AUUUGUCUUUAGUUUUCCGAUCAAGUUCCUUGUUAUAUUGUCUAUGUCGACACCGUGUACAUGAAUUUUAUAAUAGUGGUUGCGGUAGUUCUUUCGUAGGGAUUAUUAUAAAAUAGUGUGUAUUAAGAAGGAAAUACAUCAAGCAAAAUAUUAAAUUGCUAAAGAAUGGAAGAAUAUGUAAGAGAGCCAUGUCCCUGGAGAAUAAUAGAUGACUGCGGUGGUGCAUUUACUAUGGGUGUAAUUGGUGGAGCUGUUUUUCAAAGUGUAAAGGGUUUUCGUAAUGCACCCAGUGGUUUUAAAAGGCGUUUAGUAGGCAGUUUUAUGGCUAUUAAACAACGUGCUCCAAUUAUAGCAGGAAAUUUUGCUAUAUGGGGUGGAGUAUUUUCUAUGAUCGAUUGCACAUUAAUACACUAUAGAAAAAAAGAAGAUCCUUGGAAUUCUAUAAUUAGUGGUGCAGCAACCGGUGGAGUUCUAGCUGCUAGGAGUGGAUUGCCUACUAUGGCUGGUAGUGCUUUAAUUGGAGGAGUUUUACUUGCUUUGAUAGAAGGUGUAGGAAUAUUUUUCACACGGUUUCAAGCAGAGCAAUUUCAGCCACCAGCAUUUGUAGAGGAUCCUUCACAUGUUGGUCCAGUGCCGCAAGGAUAUCCUUCAUAAUAGGGAGGAAUAUGCUAGAUUUAUAAAAACUUAACAUAAUAAUUGAAUACCAAUGUUUAGUUAUUAGCAAAAUAGAGAAGUAUGGAUUUGUUCUUUAUUUUUUGGCAGUCUUGUAUACAAUAAUCAUCUAAGAUAAAGAAUA